UGUUUAAGAGAUGCUUUAAACAGAAAUAAAAAUAAAUAAAUCUCUUCUUCUCACUGUAAUAGUGUAAAAUCAGAUGCACCAUGAAGGCUGAUUCUUUUCACUAGCAGUGAUUGUGAGUUCAUAUCUUAUUGUUGCACAUGGUUUUCUAAAGCAAAAUGAUAGCUUUGAGGCUUUAGCUAUCUUAAAUUAGAUGUUUGACAGAUCAUCAUAUUUAACAUUUGGACCAAGUUUCAGUUAUCAUUGUCUCUUUCAUUUGCUGGGUAUUACUCAGUCAGACCAAGCAGGUGCUGAAUCAGUCUCAUCCAACUACAUCAGGAAAUUACUUGGUGUCUAUGAUUUCAUAAAGGGUUAGCAGAUAAUGAAGUCAACUAUGCGUUUGGUUUGGACAGAGAUCACCAACCCUGCAGAUGAAGAAAACACAAAGUCCUCUGAUCAUCCGCCCUGGUCAUAUCAGAAGACUGAACACCAACUCCGGUGAUCGCUCAACACAAGAAGAGGACCGUCACAAGUCCAAUAAUCCAGCCUUGAGUUACAUCACAAGUGCUGCAAAGAAGGUAGGUGGAGUUUUUUCUGUUAUUUUCUUUGGACGCAAAAAAGCUGAUCCCGCGUCCAGUCGAGAUCAAGUGCAGCCAGACGCAUGGCAUUAUCGAGCUGGACAGAGUCCUAAUUUCGCGGGUAAUUCUGGAGCUCGUGAUAGUAGGAGGUCAUCAAGAUCAAGGCGUUCCAGUUAUGAUGCAUACCCAGAGGUUGAUCCUGCAAAGUUGAGAGAUAGCUUAGCGUUUAAAGAAAUCUAUAACGCAACAGGAAAUUUCUCCCUAGAUAACAAAAUUGGUGAAGGGGGAUUUGGGACUGUGUAUAAAGGGAGACUUAAGGAUGGACGUGUUGUUGCUGUAAAGCGUGCAAAAAGCGAAACUUAUGAUCAACGCCUGUCAGCAGAGUUCAAGAACGAGAUCCUAGCUUUAUCAAAGAUCGAGCACCUUAGCUUGGUAAGAUUUUACGGGUGUCUUGAGCAUGGAGACGAGCGCCUUAUUAUCGUUGAAUACGUCAGCAACGGGACCCUCCGAGAACACUUGGAUGGAACUCGUUCAAACGAGCUUCAAAUCGGAGAGCGAUUGGAUAUUGCAAUUGAUAUAGCUCAUGGCAUUACCUAUCUUCACACAUAUACAGAUCCUCCCAUCAUCCAUAGAGACAUCAAAGCAUCGAACAUACUCAUCACAGAAAAACUGAGAGCCAAAGUGGCUGAUUUUGGGUUUGCGCGGUUAGCUGCAGAAAACCCUGUGGCCACUCACAUUUCUACGCAAAUCAAAGGAACUGCUGGCUACUUGGAUCCUGAGUACCUAAGGACAUACCAGCUUACUGAAAAGAGUGAUGUCUACUCAUUCGGUGUAUUGCUCGUUGAAAUGAUGACGGGCAGGCAACCUAUAGAGUCGAAGAGAGGCCUGGACGAGAGACUUACCAUAAAAUGGGCACUUAGGAGACUAAGAAAUGGAGAGGUCGUUGUGGCUAUGGAUCCAAGGCUACGAAGGAGCACUCCAUCCAUCCACGCAGUCGAAAGGGUCCUCAAACUCGCCCGCCACUGCCUGGCACCAUCAAGACUAUCAAGACCUUCAAUGAGACAGUGUGCUGAAAAAUUAUGGGAUAUUCGACGAGAACUCAGAGAAAAUGCGGCUGCUAGAGCUAUUUCCUCUCCCUUUCACUCUGCCAAGCAGAAUGUGUUUGGGAGUGAAAACAGCGAGACCUUGAUGUUUGUUUCUGCAUAAACAGUUUAUUCGCAUAAAUAUAUAUCUACUUGCUUUCACUUUAUCAGAUUGUAUCAUUGAAAAUGUGAGACUCGUAUCAGAUGUAUAUAUCAUUUACCAUGAAAGCUCGGGUUCUUGAUUUUGGAGAAGGUUUGUAAUCUUGUAAUGACUGCUUUCGGUUCAAUUAUUCGAGUUAGGUCCGAUAUUAUCCGAAAUUAAUUUUUUUAA